AAUUUAAACAAAGGAAAACAUACAUACAGUCAAAACCAUAGUAAAAAAGAAAAGAGCAGGACUGCACCGUUUUUAUUUAUUAUAAUUUUUUUUUGAACGAGUUGCUAAGUGCCGUCAAAUUUGUGCUGACACAAUGGUAGAAUCGUAUGAGAAUAAUUUUGUUAAAGACGAUCCCAAAACAUUAAGUGGUUGGGUUCGUAAUUUCCGUAUAAAACGUUCGGAAAUGAAAAGAAAAUUACGUGGCAAUUUACGGGUAAAUGCUAUGCUAAAUACUGCGCUCUUAACUGCCGAAGCUGAAUUGCGUUGCAAACAAAAAGAACGUUUUCUUCGUUGGACAGAGUUCCAAGCGAAAUUGGCAACUGGUUACUCCAUCACCAGUUACGUAAACCAAAUGAAGGGGUCUGAGGAAGAGGAGGCUGAACGUCGUGCAAAAGUCGAUAAUUUGUGGAAAAGCGAGCUGAGUGAACUGGAUUCCUUCAUGCGUUCAUUGAGUAGCAGUAAUAGUAAUCGCAAUAGUGACACUAAAUUAAUAUGCGAAAAUGAUUACAAAAUGAAAAGUGAUAAUUGCAAUGUGCUGCAAAGCAUUGCUGUAAAUAGUUAAUAGUUUAAUUUUGCAGAUGUGUCUGAAAUGUGUAUUUUUAGUAUAGUUUUAUCAUGCAAGUUUUUCAU